AUGCUGAAAUGUCUCUGGAAUGUAUGCAAAAAAUCUGAUAAUCUUUGGGUUAAGUGGAUACAUUCUUAUUACUUGAAGAAUCAUGAUCCACUAUUGGUACCGAUUGGUAAAUCAUGGUCAUGGGUAGCCCAAGCUGUUCUGGGUACUAGAGAUACUAUUGCGGCACAUCCUCUUGCAUGGGAGAAGCAAAUGCAAAGCAGUAGAUUCUCUAUGACUGAUAUCUAUCAAGCCCUGGUAAAGGAAGAUAACAUGGUGCCUUGGAGGUUCUUGAUGAUAAGAAACUAUGCUAGGCCUAAAGCAAUCAUCACCUUAUGGUUAGUUUGCCAUGGGAAACUAGCCACUAAGGAUAGGCUGCUGCGCUUCGGUAUGUUACAGGAUAGCAUCUGUAGCCUUUGUGGAGAGAAAGAUGAAAGUAUCCAGCACCUUUUCUUUGAAUGUCGAGACACAAAACCAAUCUGGCUAGCAAUUCUGAAUUGGAUGGAUAUCACACAUGGACCGAGUGGAUGGUAUGAGGAACCAAGGUUGUCAAACUCGCGAGUCUACUCAGACUCGUAA